AUGUGUGAUUGGAACCGGCUAGGUCUAAACGACGGUCGGCAAAAAUCCGAAUAUAGGGACAACCUGGGGGUGAUUAAAGUAAAACAACAAAUGAGCGGAAAUUCUACGGAUAAAGCUUAG